AUGCAGCGCCCUACUGUUAUUUUACGCUCUGGCGAGGCAGCCCCUACUGUCUCUACUGCCACCUCCGGUGUUGCUCCACCUACAGCCCCUCCCUCCACCUCCACUGAGUCUGCCCUUACCGCCCCUAUUCCCACCUCCACUGAGGCUACGUCUCCUACCGCCGCCUCCACGGAACAUACCCAAGCUUCACCCGCACCUAUCAACACUCUCACCACCGAGUCCGUUCCCAUGGAAACCCCCGUUCUCGAGACCACCCACACAGACGCCUGGACCCUCUCCACAUGCAGCAACCCCUGGCGCCCCUGGUCCAUGCACCUGCCCAAAAGGCGCGCCCGCCGCACCCUCACGCCGGCCCAGGUCGCCGACAAACAGAUCUACCUCCGUUGGAAGGCCUUUCGCGAGCGUCAGCGCCUCUUAAUUGAGCAGCGGGGUCCGCAGGUGAUCCAAUUUGCGGCGCGGGAGAGGAAGAAAGUGGUGAAGGUGGAGGAGGUGAAGGUGCAGGGGACGGUGGAGAAGGUGGAGAUGAGUGACGAGGAGAUGAAGGUGAAGUUGAGUGAGUUUCGAGAUAGGAUUCAGACACUUCUGAAGGGUUGGGGCGGUGACGCGCCGAGGAGGGAGGAGGGGAGCGGGGUUUGA